AUGAGCAAGACGCAGCCUCCCUCCUCCUUGCCCAUACCCCUCCCAACCCUCCACGAUGUAAUCAUCAUCGGCGCCGGACCCUGCGGCCUCGCUGUCGCCGCGCGACUAAACGAGCAAACCCCCUCCGCCAUGUUCACCGACGAGGAACACCAGCGCUACCACUGGAUCAACAAGCAUAGUGGACGGAUGACGCUCGUGCAGGCUCACGGGAAGAAAAUUAAUGCCGUCAAGGCGGAGAAGUGGCAGAGUUACGACAAGCGGCAGCGUCAGCGUCAGGGUCGACGGUCAAGUUCUUCAUCUACAGCCUCGGAUAGCUCCAGGGCUGGAUCUAUCUCAUCCCCGCCGUCACUGUCUUCGAGUCCGUCGUCAGUGGACGGGCAGGGGAUGGGCAGGAAGGGAGGAAUCUCGAUGGUGGUGCUGGACGGGACUGCUGCAGGGUGGAUGGAGCGGUGGCACCGGGCGUUCAAGACGCUUGAGAUUGCGCAGCUGCGUAGCCCGAUGUUCUUCCAUGUGGAUCCGGCGGACCGGGACGGGAUGCUGGCGUAUACACAGGAGACGGGGCGGGAGAAGGAUCUGUGGGAGAUUCCGGGGUGUGUAGGGAAGGAGGUGAGCAAGCAUAAGAAAAAGAAGAGGUUGCGGGGGAAGCCUGCGGCGUUUGGCGAGGUGGAGAUUGAUGAACGAGAUCGAAAGGAUUACUUCUCGCCGUCGACGAGGCUCUUUGCGGACUACUGUGCUAGUAUCAUUGAGCGGUAUGGGCUGGACGCACCUGGUCUGGUUCUCCAGAAUGAGGUAGAUGAUAUCCGUUAUGGCUUUCAUGAGCAGAUCUCGCCUGCCGAGAAGAUCUUUACAGUGACUGCCAGUGACGGGAGGAAGUUUUACAGCCGGGCUGCGGUGCUGGCUAUCGGGCCGGGCAAGACGAAGGUCUUCCCGUUUGAUAUGUCUGCCGAGGAAAUAAUGGGUGCUUGCCAUAGCAGCGAGAUCCAGACAUUUCCUAGUCCUAAUGUGAAGAGGAAACUACAGCAGAGACAGGAGACGAACGUCGCCGUCGUCGGUGGAGGGCUGUCGUCUGCACAGAUUGUCGACAUGGCUGUUCGAAAGGGUGUCACCAAGGUGUGGUUUCUCAUGCGGUCAGAUCUCAAGGUGAAACACUUCGACAUCAGUCUGCCUUGGAUGGGCAAGUUCCGAAACUUUGAGAAAGCAGCAUUCUGGGGCGCAGACACCGACGAAGAACGGCUUGAGAUGAUCAAAAUAGCGCGUAACGGCGGCAGCAUGACGCCCCGCUAUCAGAAAAUUGUAAAGCACCACGCAGCCCGCAACAAAGUCUCUAUCCAUACGCGCACCGUCAUCCGCAGCAAGGAGUACUGCCCCUCGUCGCAGACAUGGCGUCUCACCACAGACCCUCCCAUUCCGGACCUCCCCCCAAUCGACUACAUCUACUGCGCAACAGGCAUGAAGUGCGACGUCCAGGAGCUCCCGCUCUUGGACCAAAUGCACCGCGACUACCCUAUCGAGACUAAGCAAGGGCUCCCGUGCAUCACAGACGACCUCAUGUGGCGUGCUGAUGUGCCUCUGUUCGUGACAGGGAGGCUGGCUUCGCUGCGUAUCGGCCCUGGGGCGGCGAACCUUGAAGGAGCACGGCUGGGGGCUGAGAGGAUUGCGUGGGCCAUGGAGGAGGUGCUAGGCAGGAAGGAGGCGGAGGAUGAUGAGGUGGGACGCUCCAGGGAGUGUUUCUGUGGGCUGGGGAACAGAUAUGCUGAGUUGUUGACCGAGGGAGAAUUCGAUUGGGAGGAAUAG